GAGAAGUGUUAAGAGUAGAGGGAAGUGUAAGUGCAUGCGUCAGUCAAAAGGGAGUCUGACCAAACCCUUUUAGUUCAAAUAUUUAAGUCUUCCCUUUGUCACGCUCUUCAGUUCAGCUCCUCUAUCUUUGAUUUAGCGGUAACUGAAAGCCCGCCUGGUUCCUCUCCAGGUUUCUGUUAAGCCUUCUGUUGGGUCAUGGGGGACUGGUCCAGCCUCUCAGAGCUCCUGGACAAGGUCCAGGCCCACUCAACGGUGGUGGGGAAGAUCUGGAUGAGUGUCCUCCUGGUGUUCCGGAUCCUGGUGCUGGGCGUGGCGGCCGACGAGGUGUGGGGGGACGAGCAGUCACACUUCUUCUGCAACAACGAGGAGCCAGGCUGCACCCUUGCCUGCUACAACUGGAUGUUCCCCGUCUCCUACAUCCGCUACUGGGUGCUGCAGAUCCUGCUGGUGUCCACCCCCACCCUGGUGUACCUGGGCCACGCCGUGCACGUCAUCCACCGGGAAAGGAGGCUGCGGGAGCGGCUCCAAGGCCACGACAAAGGGGCCGCGGACGCCUUAAGGAAACCCAAAUACACAGACGACCGAGGCAAGAUUGUGAUCAAAGGCAUCCUCUUGCGCAGCUACCUAGCCCAGCUGGUGGUGAAGAUUCUGCUGGAGGUGGGCUUUGUGGUGGGCCAGUUCUACCUCUACGACUCCCCCUUCAUGGUGCCCUACUUCCACUGCCGGGAGGAUCCCUGCCCGCCCAGAAUCGGGGUAGAGUGCUUCAUCUCGCGGCCCACCGAGAAGUCCAUCUUCGUGGUGUUCAUGCUGGUGGUGGCAGGCGUGUCCGUCUUCCUCAACCUGCUGGAGAUCCUGUACCUGCUCUGUGCCAGGAAGAGACAAGGACAGAAGAAGAAGAGAGCAGCCCUGACCAACCAAGAACAUUACCUGUCGGGAAAAGAUCUGAAGCUGAGCGGUCCUGUUUGGCCAGCUCAAGCCCCAUCCCACCCCCAUGCUGACCUGAGGCCCCGCCCUACCCCGAACCCAUGCUGACCUGAGGCCCCGCCCCACCCCGCCCCUCUGCUGACCUGAGGCCCCGCCCUACCCCGACCCCAUGCUGACGUGAGGCCCCGCCCCGCCCCCCAUGCUGAC